AAACUCACCACCACCACCACCAGAACUCACCGCCAGAAGAAGCUUGCUCUCUAACCAAGCCUCGGGAGCCAAGCAAGUCAGAUCUGCCAGUGAACCUCCGGCCUUGAAAGUUGACGAGAGUGUCUGAAAACCCUAUCCAGCUCUCCAAUGGCCAGUAACAACACCGCUAGCAUAGCACAAGCCAGGAAACUGGUGGAGCAGCUGAAGAUGGAAGCCAACAUCGACAGGAUAAAGGUGUCCAAGGCGGCUGCAGACUUGAUGGCCUACUGUGAGGCACACGCCAAGGAAGACCCACUGCUGACCCCAGUCCCAGCCUCAGAAAACCCCUUUCGGGAGAAGAAGUUCUUCUGCGCUAUCCUUUAAGUCUCUGAGAGGAAGAUGAAGACCGCCGGGGCUCCAGGGACAUUGAUGUAGAGUUUCUAGCAAAGUGGGCGCCUUUCUGGUCUGCAGCAUUUAAAGAGAGGAAGGAGAACCAUCCUGGACACUCCAGGCUGUGCAUGUCUAAAGAAUUGUCCCCUUGUGAGAAUGGAAGCCAAUUCCACAUUCCCAACUUUAGAGAUCUGACCCUGCAGACCUGUCUGGAGGAGGGCAAUGUAUAAAAAACAAAAUCGGUGUCACUUCUUUCCUGCUAUCCCUUUAAGAUCUUACAUUUCUGCUUCAUAUUUAAAAACAAAAUAAACAUUAAAGCCAGUGUCUUGAGCUGAGAUAUGACUGACCUUCUGGGAAUGAGAAUUGUCUUUAAAUGCCCUCUGAUAAACUGCUGUAUCAUGUAGCCACAGUUCUACUUAAUGGUAUCCAUGUUUAGUCCUUCGUGCCUUGUUCUUUUCCUUCCCGUUCUCUUUCUCUACCCCUCCCGAUUAGAAUACCAUGGAGAUGAGUCUGGGUUUAUGUGUUAAACUGAACUCUAAGGAUAAGUGAAUAGCUGUGAUGUUUAGAAAGAUGUUCCCCAUAGUCUGUCUCCACGAGAAUAAUAAUAAUAAAAAGAAUACACACACACACACACACACACACACACACACACACACACACACAAUGCCGGCUGUCUGUGUUCUCUUACCACUGUUCCUAAUAUUUGUAUAUAAUAGUUUUGAUUCUGCAAGUAAAUGUAAAUCAUGUGUUGUGACUGGUGCUUUCAUAUCUUUGUGAUAGUUUUUGAGUAAUACUGCAUGAAAAUGUUCCCAUGUUGCAUCCAUUCAGAAGUUUCGUUGUUCAGCUGGAAAGCUAAGAAGAGAAGUGAGAGAGAAAAAGAUGCCAGAGAUGGGAAAAGUUCUCUGUGUUUUGAAAAUUGAGAUGACUUCAGCGCCUUAGCCAUGCCUGAAAUACCUCCUAGUGGACUGUGGUAUAAGCACCUCACAUCAGAUUUCCCCCAAUCCACAGCAUUUGGGCUUACCCAGGAUCCAGGACAGUGCAGUAAACCCACACUGAAUGUCGGACAGGGAUCCACCAUGACCUAGGAAGGCAUUGUCAGAAUAUCAGCAAGUUCCCACUCUCCAGGAACCAUGGAAAUCAUAUGUAAAAGAAUAUUUUCCAUGUUGAUAACUAGAAAACUAUGGCCCUCUUUAACUCAUACAUCAGAAGAACUAAACUCUCAGCUUCAGAGAAGGCACACCCCCCAGAAUACCAGCUGUUUGAGAGACAAAGCACCCCAAGCACACUUUGAGUAACCCCACAGCUGGCCCUUCUUCCCACUGACAUGAUCCUCAUUUUUCACUUCCCCAAAAUGUCAGAGCAAUCAGUGCUUUGUUCUCUGCCCUGUUUGUCAGAGCCUCUGUGCCCUAUUUACAGCUUCCUCUGGCUAGCACUCUCUCUUCCCACAAAAAAAAAAAACAUUGGAUCUUUUCUCCCCUUCUCUCCCUUCUCCUCUCCUUUGUUUUUCCAUUGUACUUGUAGCCCCAUCAGCAAAGGAAGGCCCUGGAACCCUUUGUAUGCUUUCUGCAUUCUUCCCAGUCUCCUGUACAUCUUGUUUGUUUUCAAAUCCUAAAAGACCACCAAAUCCAAGUUAACUUUACUUUCUCUUAUGUCAUUCUCUCCCUCAUCUUUUAAAAAGUGUGUUUGUUGUGUGUUGGGGGAGGGGUAUUUUGUGAGAAGAGUAAGAUGAAAGGACCCAUUUUGAAAUAGAUUUGGUAAAUAUUUUUAACUCUUUUAUGGGUCUUCAGAUAAAAGAAUAAAUAUGUCCAAUUAAAAUUGAUACCUGAGGUGGGAAGAAGAGGAUACCAGAACAUUUAUCAAUGCAUGAAUGCAAUUUCCACAAAUUUUCUCUGGUCAGAUCUUGGGGGUUUGUUAUAGUUGGUGGGAUGCUCAUGAAGAUUUAGUGGUUGAAAAAAAAAUCUGUCAGUCUUUACAGAACUACAGCAUGUGCAACUGAGAAUACCGUGGAGUCAGCUGAAAGUGUCCCACAUUUAAGAACUGAAACAAGAUGUGUUCGUGUGUUAACUAGGGGUACUCCUUGCUGGUGAGAGGGCAUCACUAGGAUUCUGGUCUUCUGUGUAAAUUUAGACCUCUGCAGCUAUUAAAGUAUAAUCACAGUCUUCACGGCACACCUUGCACAGGUCGAGCAAUUAAAAGUUAAGGAAUUAUGAAUUUUUUGUGAGCAUGCCUACAGAACGAGAAGGCAGAAAAUGCAUUCCCCUUCUGAAACGAAGUUUCAGGAAACUAUCUUGUCUCUUUCACAAUUUCAUAUCUUUCAGUAUAGAGCUAUAAUCAAAAUCCGUUUUGACUUAUUAAUGUUUGUAUUUAUUAAAGAGGUAAAGUUUUCACUUACUUGGGUCUCCAAAGAGCUUAAUUCUUUUGAAUGUCAACCAUGCUUUUCAUCAGCAGAAUUUUAUCUUAAGAUAACUAAUAGAAAACCAACUCAGUUAUUUAAGAGCCUCAUUUCUAUAUGCAUAGUAGUUAAAAUCUGCCAUGGAAUUAUGAAAUAAUAAAUGUCAUACUUAUAAUGCAAUGUCCAUUAAAAUACUUAAACCAUUUUCAACACCAACUCCAAUUUAAAAUGUUUUUCAAUUUGAAAGCAAGUAAGAAAAAAUUUAAAUAAUCAGAUUUAAAGAAAAAAUAAGUGUCAUACUUUCCCUCAUAUGCUUAUAUUCACAUAAUGAAUUUUGAGAAAAUCAAGCCAAUGGGCUUUAGGAGAUUUUUAUUCCUUUUCUUUUUCCUUAGCGCUUUGCUUCUUACUGCUCCUGGAAAUGAUGGAUAUUAUGUGUAAAAUACUGACUCAUAGCCCAACAAUUGUUAGAGAUCUCCAUACUUUUCCUGUAUAGGAUCUCUGGAAAAUACCUUUAAAGAAAAGGGAACAGGAACAUGGCGGGGGGUUGUUGUGUUUGGGUUGUUUUUUUUUUCUGUUUGUUUGUUUUUCUUCAAAACAGGGUCUCACUAUGUAGCCCUGACUGUUCUGAAACUUGUUCUGUAGACCAGGCUGGCCUCGAACUCAGAGAUCACCUGCCUCUGACUCUUGAGCGCUGGGAUUAAAGGUGGAAGUCUUCAUGCCCGUAUUAGAAUGUUAAAGCAGGAGAAGCUGAAUGUGGUGUGCACAUCUCUACCCCACAUGAACUGUGUAUUUGUUUUAAUAAAUGGAAUUUUCAGAUUCA